CGAGAGGUUGAAAUGAAGGGAACGAGACGAGACGAGAGGCGAGCGUGACGAAAGCUUAGGGUACAGUACAGUAGCAGCAGCAGAGCAGCGGUACCUCGCGUAGCGCGAAGCCAGGACGCAUGCCAUGGGAUGGGAUGGGAUGCCGCCGCAUGUAGUGUGUUCAUGGGCGGGGGUAGGGAUGGGAUGGGAUGAUGUGAUGGCAUGAUGGCCCGGACUGGCGCCUGUCAUGGCUGUGACCGACUCGAGACUGGGGUGGAGAGAACUGCGCGCGCACCGUCGAGAGGGCGAGGCAAGAGAGAGAGAGAGAGAGAGAGAGGGAGAGAGAGAGAGAAGUCGAGGCGAGACGAAGAAAGAGCCUUUUGAGUUUCGGCUGUCGAGAUCGAUCGCCCGGCCGACCAGGGGAAUAACAUCGCUGCCAGUAAACAAGAUGAGGAUCUGCCAGUGGAAAAGCACGAGGUGGUGGAAGAAGUAGCGGACGCGAGAAGUGUACAGUAGUAGUAGAGAAAGUAGUUUUGGGAAACGGAGGUCGGAAGGAAGGAAAGAAAGGAGGACGGAGGUAGAGGAAGGAAGAAUGGGUGAGGACUUUUUCUGGAGCAGAGCGUUGUUUGAGUGAACUCGGGAGGGAGGGCCAUAAGCAGACAGCUUGGUGUUGGUGCGGGCGCAGGGGGGCCGGGUGGUGAGGGAUUAGGUGCCAGUGCAGGAGGGACCUGACUGUCAGAGGUGUAUGGCGUCGGACGGGGGUGCCGGUGAUGUUGACGAGGGUUGGAGAUCGCGGCCUCGAUCUCUUCCAUACUCCGCGCCCAUGGCGGCCCCGCCCCAAACACAGCUGCAAAUGUUCUCUAGUUCGCCGUUGGUCGAUCCCGAUCGCUCGGGCUAUGGUUCAACUGCUGGCGGAAAAUUGAGGGCUAUUCGAAGAACUGGGAGGAGAAAUACAAACCCCUACGAGCGGCCCGCUGUUGGUCGGCAUGCGUCUGCUGGUCCUCAGGCUGCCGUUUUAAUCAGUAAUGGAGGUGUUACUGCCGCCCAAGCCUUGGCUGACAAAAGGCGAGGAGCUUGGCUUACCACUGGCAUCACAAAGAUUAUAACGACAAGUGCGACUUAUUUAUAUUCUUCAAUCUUUAGGCGCCGCCUUCCAGCACCGCUGCAAGUCUCAGACAAUGAGGCGCAGCCCGUCGGUACCGAGGAGCAGGUGUCAACCCCAUCAGGGGAAUCGAACGAUGCCGAAGCAGUUUCCAGGUCUGACGACGACGUGGAGGAGCAAGCGGUUGCGCAAGAACCUGCCAGCAACACGCAGGUGGAUAUUGAAAGAUUGCUCCAGCAGAAAACCCUAUCAGGGGAGGAAUUUGAGCGCUUGUCAGCCCUACUACGAUCUAGAGUCAUUAAUAGUGGUGUGGAAAGAAAGAAACAAGCGAGUCAAGGGGAUCGAGAAACUAGACCGAGUCACCAAGAAAAUCAGCCCGCUGCUGCUGUUCAAACUGACGCCCAAAGGUGGAGGCAAGACCUGCAAAAGUCCAGAGAAGAAAGAGAAAAUGGUGUUCGCACUCUUACUGUUUACGAGAUUGGCGCACCCGCAUCAGCAACACCGAUUGCUGCAGCAGAAAGCCUGGACAAUUUGAGCAGCUCUCCUGUGGAUGUUGCAAUUGCUUUCAUGGGACGUCGAGUUUCUCGACCACCGGGAUCAAGUUCGCCAGCUGAACCCCUCAACCGUAGGGAUGAGAAUCUCGUGUCCACCGGACCUCCAUCUCUAGUGAUGUCUCAGGCCACGUUAUCUAAAUGGGCUCCUCCAGAUUUUGGUGAUGAAGAACAGUUUCGUACUCCAGCCCCACCGUCGGCAAAGAUUAGGAGCCGCAAUCAAGUCUUCUCACGUACACCAUAUAGUCGUCCUCAACGUCUUCAAUCCUCUCGAGAGAGAGCUUUAGAUGGGAGCUUUGGCACCCCUUCGUCUUCUCGCUGGACCCCAAUUCGAACCCCAGUUACAGGCGGUCGGGAGAUGCUUAAGCGGAGGAGUACCGCACUGGAUGACAGCUAUGCUUCUGUUGGCCCUAUACGCAGAACGAGACAGAAGGCGUUCAUUUCACCUGCGCCGAUCAGCACUCGAGGAUCCGCUUACCAGAUAACCUCUACAAGUGGAUCUGCAAUUAUGGGUAUACCAUCGCCUCAGCUGGGAAAGUCUGCUGCACUUCCUACUUCUCAAAGAAGUGUUGUUUCAACUGCCGUCCAAGAGAAAUCUGGACUGGGUGUGAGUGCAAUAUCGUACGUGCCUGCUCAGUCAAGUGAAACAGCCCGAAAAAUUUUGGAGACUCUUGAGAAGAUGACCCCAUCUCCCAAGGGUAAAUCAUUGGAAGAAGAGUUGUCUUUUGUGAGGGAUAGGCCUCCCACCACCUUAACUGAGAGUAUGUUGAACGAGCAGGCUCGAAAGAGCAUGACAGUAGUAGAUUUCACUCUUCCAAGUGGUGACUCCCGAGAACCUGGACCUUCAGGAAGAACCCUAAAUUACGAUUCUCCAAGCUUAGGUCAGUUUGGUAGUGGAUCGAAGUCCUCAGAAAUUCCAGCUAAACCGAAGGGAAAAGGCAAGUCUUCUUUGUCUCUCCCGGAGAAUGGGCCAAGCGGAAUCCAGUCUAUACAGGAGCGUAAGAACACUGCCGCCGGACUUCUUGAAGAAGUUUCUGUUAGAACGAAGGAGUCAGAAGCCGUUCUUGCCUCUAAAAGUGACAAGGGGAAGGGCUUCCGAAUGAGCGCGGCUUUUGAAGAGUCUGGUUCUGAAGACGAAGGAACACUCGCUGGUAGUGGCUCUAGACCAGUCAGUUUUUCAGUGCCUAGCCUAGCAGGUUCAAAUGGCAAAACGGCAAGUGCAAGUGGCAAAAGCGUGCCCAUUGCAGCUCCCUUCUCGACUAGCAGCGCGAUUCCAAAAUCUUCCACCGAUGCCAGUGUCGCUGCCGACUCGACAGGAGCUGCCUCAGCCGUUGAGGCAUCAAAGACAACGCCCCCUACCCAGAUGGCGUCCAGCUUCACUUUUCCUACCCGCGUGUCAUUGGAGGGACCUCCCACUCCGAAGGCAAUGUCACCCGCUUCUACUUCCCCCAAAGCGGUACCUGCAGCAUCUCCUUUUUUUCCGUUUGCUUCAAAUUUACAAGGAUCUUCUGGAUUGGCGACAUCAAAUUCAAGGGUUGAGCAAACUAGUGCUGCUGUCAAAGUAGACACUCAGACUGAAACCAAGUCCGACGUCACAUUUGGGUCUUCAAUUACUGCAAGUGUGCCUUUCCCUCAGCCAUUUUCAAUAUCUCAACCAACGACGGAGACAACGGUGCCCAAUCCUUUCACGCAAAGGAAUCCACUGUUCGGAGGUUCAUCUUCAUCCACACUGCUCUCUACGUCAUCUACUCCUAAUUCUGGAGCCGCGACAUCCUCCGCUCUCGCCUCCUCUGCGUCUGCUGCUAGUACUUUGAAAUCCGAUUCGUCUCCAUCAACAUCUGGCUUUGUGGCUUCCCUCAAAGAGGGGAGUGCUCCUUUCACGUUUACCCCGACUGCGAGUACCUAUCUGUUUGGAGCUGGACCGGCUGCUGCUAGCAGUUCUUCUGGGACUGCUCUUUCAUCGAGCUUUUUAGGGAUCAGCAGUGGACCCGCAACAUCUUCUUCUCCUGCAGCUGGUAGUGCUGCAUUUGGACAAUCGAACAUUUCCUCUUUCGAAAGUCCUGCUCCAAAACCAGCAUUGAAUGUAGCUCCUGAAGCACCGGCAGUUGUAUCGAAAAGCAAUGGCGCCCCUUCUUUGGAUGUAGAGAGACCCCAUAAAAGAUCCGCUCCCACCAUUGAGCAGGACUCAAGCAAAAGACAACCCUCAGUGGUCGCUACCCCUUCCAGUAGCUUUGCAGCUUUUGGUAGUAGUGUCGUAAGCACUACUGCAUCGACAGCAAUCCCUCUGACGUUUGCAGCAGCUAGCACUAGUGCAGCUAGUUCUCAGAAUCUAUUCACUGCCUCCACAUUUGGACAACCUCCCCGUGAAUCACAGUCAUCCGCGGCAUCGAUGUCUACUACGCUUUCCCCCUCUCCUUCUCCCUCUCCGCCUCCAUUUCUGUUUGGAACACCCCCAUCCACAACAGCUGCUCUAACACCCUCCUCAUCAGCACCAGGCUUCAAUAGCACUCCAUCUUUCCCAUCAUUUACAGGUUCCGUAUUUGGAUCAUCCACGAGUGGCAGUACGUUUGGUGUAACUCCAGCAGCUACCCCCAUGUCAUUUGGUGCUGCAUCGAGCGCUCCUGCGUUCGGCUCAACGACACCCAAACCAGCGUUUGGGUCCUUUGGUUCAGAAGCAUCAUCACAGUCACCUUCUAUCCCAGUGUUCGGGUCUGGAUUUUCAGCUGCACCUACUCAGUCGCCGGCAUCCACUCCUACAUAUUCCUUUGGAGGCAGUUCUUCCCAAGCUUUUCCAGUAUCUUUUGCUGCAAGCGCCGCCAGUUCAGCUUCCGGAUCCGCAUUUCCAUUUGGUUCCACAUCGUCUUUCCCUUUCGCGGCCAACAAAACUCCGUCGUCGUCCCCAGCGCCCUCAAUAUUUGGGCUAUCAAGCUCCGUUUCAGCUUUCGGCUCGACUACUAACGGAUCGAUGGCCAGUGAUGUGGUUGUAAACGAUCACUCGAAUAUGGAGGACAGUAUGGCAGAAGAGCCUCCUCAAAUUGCUGCCAGUAUGCCUUCUCAACCGUCAUCGCCGUUCGGUGGUCAGUCGGCUGCUGGUGCUAGUUCCUUCGUGUUCGGGGCUCAAACCGGAACUCCACCUGCCCCACCAGCUCUGUUCGGGUUUCCUAGUCAACCGAAUGCAGCUGGUGGUUUCGCAGCGAAUCCAUUUGCUGCUGCUGCCGCUGCAGCACAAUCUCCUGCAGGUCCAUUGAACUUUGCCGGAGGCUCUUUUACCCUUGGUUCGUCAGGAGGGGACAAUAGGCCCACAAGGAAAAUUUUUAAGGCUAAAAGAACAGGUGCUAAACGGGGGAAAUGAGAAAUGUCUGGAAAAUGACCACUUCGAGAGGUUGAGAGGAGGUAACAUUGUUUAUUUUCGUAGCAGCGUUACGGCUCAAGUGUGAGGAGGCAGAGUAGGAAUUGUAGGUUGUUCGGCCGCUGAAUCAAACGGCAUUCUCCAAGGAAGGGUUGUUCAAGUGGUGAUCGUGAGAAGGUAGGUUAGGGUGUCCUGUCUUUUGAUCAAAUCGACAUCCUCAGUGAUUGGUUCUUUCGAAGGGUUGUUGUGGUGAAGGAGAGGUCAUAUACGGAGAGAGAUAGAGAGGUGAGCCGAGAGAAAGGGAGGGUUAGAGAGAGGAAGGCCUUCUAAGGUUUUGAGUGUUCAUCGAGUUUGGCAUCAAAUUCUUGAUUCGUUGGGUGAGCAAUAAAUCUGGUUUUGAUAGUUCAGCUCAAUUUUGCAGAAGUGCGAAGAGCGUGUUUGUUGCGGGGCCUGUCAAUGUAAGCCCUCAUGACUUCAUCAAUGUGAGGCUUUUCUUGACGUUGGGAAUAUCGGGUGUGCUGUGGUUCUUUGAUGUUACUGUGGCCAUAUGUGUCACCUUUCUGAACAACAGAGGUAAAACAUUUUCAUCCAAGCUGGAAUUAUUACCGGCCGAGCCUCGAGCUCUAAUGAAUGGAUCACGUGUUAAUUACAGCCCACAGCUAAAAACCAGCUUCGCCGAAAUUAGAGGCUGCUGUGCAUAUCCACGGUU